UCAAGUCGGGAGUAAGGAGGCACCAAAUACAUUGUUUUAUUAAAAUAUCUACACAAGUGCACUAGUUCUCUUCCGUUAUUUAAAUGGUGGUUGUUCUUGGGAGGUCUUUUAAUUAAUUCAUCCAAUGAAAAACAAACAUAAAUAUUAUUUCCUCAAAGCUUUGUUAAUAAAGCUAGAAACAGUUUUUUUUUCUUUUUUUUACUAUUUGAAGGUUUUAAAUUUUGUAGUUUAAUGAUUUAUUAUUUAAAGCUUAUAUCCAUCAUGUUGUAGGUAUUCAGUGAAGCGGUGAAACAUCUAUGAUUGAAGAAGGAAGCUGUUAGUUCAUAACAGACAGCAAAACAGAAGGGAUUACAAGGAAACAGCAGAUUGAUGGAAAAACAGUGAAGUUUAUGGGAACCAGUAAGAUGUACAAUAAACAGUGAGUGUACUGUAAACAGUGAGUGUACUGUAAACAGUGUGUGUACAAUAAACAGUGAGUGUACAAUAAACAGUGUGUGUACAGUAGACAGUAAGGUUUACAAUGAAGCAGUUACAGUGAGUGAGGCAUACAUGAAACAGUGAAAUUUAUUAUCAAGGUUUAGAGUGAAACAGCCCAGUUUACUGGAAAACAGUGAGUUUAAGUGAGAAACAGCAAUCUAUGGGAAAAAGCAAGAUUUAUUUGAAUACAGCGAGGUUAACUGGGAAACAGAGGUCUACUUAGACAUAGCAAGGUUUAAUGGAAAACUGUGGAGUGUACUGGGGAAAUUACUGACGUUCUGAGUGAGAAACAGCAAGAUUUAAAGGAAAACAGAUAGGUAUAUGGAGAAACAGUGAAAUAUAUGGAGAAACAGUGAGGUGUUUGUCAUCUUAAAAGAAGAGCAUGAAAAUGGCAUUUAGAGGGAAUAGUUUAGGAAGCAAGAUGGAUAGAAUUAAACCAGAGAAGGUUCCACGGCAGCCAGUUCAUAAAAUAUGGAGGAAUGUAAGAUGGGCGGAGUCAUUUGUCGACGAUUCUUUAACAAUUGACGCUGCUGAUAUAACAGAUACAUUUGCUCUGAGAAAAGUAGCCUUAUUGUUUGAAACAAAGAAGUACAAUGAAUGUGCGUCACUUAUUCGGCGGCUAAAUUGUGUAACCUUGAGCAGCAUUUUACACGAAGUUCCGUUAGACGUGUUGCAUGAUUCUUUGCCACAGAGUCUCAAUAUUCUUGAAGCAUUAUAUGUGAAGUUGUAUGAAACUACGGAAAAUCCUGCUGAUUUUCCGAAAGAGGAACUUCAGAUCGACCAGUUUCUACAAAAGCUUGUCGCACUCUUUGCAAGGCAGUCGGGUUUGAAUAAUAAACAUGAAAAAAAUUCCAACAGUGUUUAUCCAUCCUGUAGAAGCAUUCUUCGUGUAAUUACGUGGGUUGAACCAAAUAUCAGACGAUUUGUCCGCAUGCGGAAACUGGAACUGGAUAAGUGCCUUCGACAUCUUGGUCGCCAUGGAUUAGUAGAAUCAUCUGAAAGUACUCUAAUGAACUUACAUGACGCUUUUAAGAUCGAAGUUGAGAAAGUGGUUCACCAGUAUCGCGCUGCUUUACAGAAACUUGAAGAACUAAAUCUGUCGGCAAAACAUCCAACAGGAAGUUCCGUUAUCUGGGGACCAGCUCCAUCGUCAUCGAGCCAUCACCGUCUAAUGCAGAUUAGACGGGAUGACGUUCAAGAGCGAAUUAUCAAAAACCGAACUUUGUUCAAUUUGGUUGAACCAGCAAUAUCAAACCAGUAUUUGAAGAAAUUCAUCCAUGUUCUAGAAAAGAGAAUAGAAUAUGACAAAAUUGUGCUGUUCCAUGACACAGAGUUGAGAAAAAUUAGCAAAACGGACAAUACAGAACAGCAGUUUUUAUCUGUAAGCUUAAAGGAGUUCUCGCAAGGAUAUGGCGUUGUUCUACAACUGUUGAAGGAGGUCAUAGAUGAAGAUGCUUUGACAGAAGAGGAGGAAGAAGAUGUGUUUGUUUCCAGUGACGAGGAUACAGUGUCCCCGGUCAUGUAUAAAGAACGUUUACGCAGUGUCUCAGGCAUUAAUGGAUUCCUUUCAAAUAAAACUUCAUCAGGGGGCAGCACCAGUCGCAGACAUCGACAAUUUAAAGGGAGAUCAUUCACAGAAGGAACACGACCAUCUAUCAUUCAUAUUGGGCAAACGUUUCGACAGUCUGGUACCAGUCUGCACGGAAGUCUUCCAGUACGUAUUGGUAAGAUGAUCAAUCUUGGUGAUGAACAGAAAGCUAUGGAACACGAGCUGCACAUUCUUCGUGGACAGUUAGAGAAAAGUCAGGAAAUGGUGAAGCAUUUGCAAGAGCGAGAAAAACAGUGUUUAGCCAAAAUAUCAGAGCUUCAGUUACAGAUACAAACACCAGCCAGUGAUCAAGGUGCUGCCAACAGGGUGCGAGACCUCAUUGCUGCAUUUAGAAACCUUUAUUCUAAUGACCGAGAACAGGCGUUACAAGCACUGAAUAACCUGCCAGAAUUAAAAGAAGUCCACUCCUUGAAAGGAAAAAUACUUUUCUCUGUUGUUGUUCUGGCAUUUCGUUCAGUUCAGCAGAUGAUACAAGAGCUGAGAGGAAAACUCAGACACACCCUCAAACUGCCAGUACCAAAUGCUCCCAUGGUGACACCUAGUGACCCUGUUGCCAUGGAGAUGGAGCAGCACAUUGAGGACUACUUGUGUAAAGCUUCACAAAGAUUUGAAAUCUCACAGUGUGUUCAGGAAGUAAGCUCGCAGAUAUUUGCCACAUUAUACGACUACCCAUGCUUGAAGUCAUGUGAAGGACUAAAACAAUACAUGACAAACUGUAUACAUUCAGCCUGGGGGCUCAGUGUACAGAGACCGCCAUUUGUGAUAGUCUACGAUUCUCGUGUUUUUAACAAUGAAAUUCACAUACGUGAUGAAAGCUCGGACGUUCAGUCUGUGAUGAUCAGGAAUUUUCUGUGGCCAGCAUUAGUCCAGGCAAAUAAUGGACCUUGUGUGCAAAAAGGCAUUGUUGAAACAUAGUGCCCGUCGGUUCUUAAAGACUCUAUCCAGACAACAUCCUUCCCGCUGGAAGACUCAUCUUUACCCCGUUAGACAAAAUAACAAAAUACCCCAUUCACUUUCCUACAACUUAUGCUUUUGAAAUUAGUUUAGUAGCUUAGAGAUGAAAUAUGAACUUACUAACUGGAAAAUUAUCAGUACUUGUGGGGAUUUAUUUCCAUGGAUUUUGUGAUUGCGUUAGUCCAUGAAAUAAUAAUCCCCAACAACAAAUUAGACCAUGUUACCUCACAAAUUUUCAUAUCUACAGUCGAACUUCGCUCACUCAAACUCGGGGCACUGGCAAAAUUUGUUCAAGUUAUCGGUACUUCGAGCUAUAAAAAAAUUAUACAUUAUAUAGAGAUAUUUGCUGGGACCUAACAAUGACUUUGAGCAAACGGUGGCAUUCGAAUAAUCAAAGUACGAGUGAACGAAGUUCAAUUGUAUAUGAAAUAAGUUUUAGCCAAAAUCACAAAAUUUCAUGCCCGAAAAUUUAAACUGACCACAUUUUAUGGAUAAAUAAAAGGGUGAUUUAGUCCACCUCAGGAAAAUAGAUGGUUGAAAUAAAACAUCUUAAAGCAAUUCCAGAAGUGCAUUUCUGAAACAAGUUUGUUUUUUAUAUGCGAAGUUGUGUAGUACCAUAAACUAUUUUCAAACAAAUUUCCAGAAAAAAAAAUGAAACAGAUCUUGGUGUGCAAAAUGGCAUAAAAGCAUACCUGAGGCUAUGCUUGUUUGCAAAAAAAUGAAACCAUCGAUGACAAAUGAUUUCUGCUGGCAGAAGCCUUUAUCAAACAUUACCGGUAAAUGUUAUGUAGAAGUAAGAUAAAAUAUAUCUGAUAAAACAACUUUAGUUGAGAGUUCAUCAUACAACUUAAUUCAUGUUGCAAUUUCAGUGUCAAAAUUUAGCUGUUUUUUUAUUUCAAAACUAAAUUUAGAAGUAUUUUUCUUUUUUUAUUCCAAAAACUCGUUGUUUCUUUGAUUUCAUAUCUAAAAGUUUAACCCUUACCCUGCUAAAUUCCUAUAAUGGACUUGUCCAUAUUUCAAUUUGGGCAGUACCAUUAACAGUUAAAAGGGGUGCUUACCAAAAAGAUACUGACUGAAUAGCGAACAGUGCAGAACAUGAUCAGAUGUGCAGGUUUAUCUUGAUCUACACUGGUCACAAAGGCAGGCUCAGUCGUGUCCAGCAUGAUAAGGUUUAAUGCAGAUGGCAAACUAGUACUGUAGUAUGGGCUAAUGCAUAAUGAGAAAAAGACAUUUUUGCAUCCAAGUCUUCUUACAAAUGCAAAGCUUGUGCAAUCAAGGACAAAAUUCAUGCAUUUAUUUCCAUAACUGAAAUAUUGUGUUCUCAAGUACUAUAUUUAUGACUUUUCUUUACAUAGCUUUAAACAAUAAAAGCAUUUGGUAUUUUA